AUGAAUCACAACACCAACAUCCACUUUGGGAACCGGACACUGAUCCCACACGAUCUCCACGGCCGGAGUUACCAAGACCCAGCCGUAAGCAUCGUGCCACAUCCGUUCCCUCCCAACCGCGCUCAUCCGACGUUUGAAGGACCUAGCCGAGACGAGCAUCAUUACCAUCAUCAUCAAAACCGACCUCCGGUUUAUCAUCAACCACCUAGACCAGUGUUGCAUUCACACCACGACCAUGUUCUCAAUAGGCGGAGAGAUAGCCAUUUCGAUGCCGUGCUUGAGGGUUUCAUGGAGAGCCAAAGAAGAACUAGCCGCGACAUUGAGACAAAGCUAGAGUUCACGCGAUACGAACUAGAUGGAAGACUUGGAGAACUCUCUACCCAAAUAGAGAAGAGUAGAGUCAAGAUGCUUGGACAUGGAGGAAGAUUUGAAGAAGCAAGGCGAGGCCAUUGA